CACAGCUAACACUGUCUACCCCUGCUUAGCAUUUUAAUCUAUGUCUGUCAAAGCACGGAAGGGGACCCGAGAGCCGCAUUCGAUCACCGAUAUAGGUAAAUGACAAAGUACAGGUGUCUGAACACGCUCCGUCAUCCGGUGAUCGAACUAGGGAGAUAUUGGAAUAACAUGAACUCAGAUCGAUAACGCUAUAUUCCGGACCACAGGUGGAAUAUCAAGUGCACCGAGUGAGGAAUCGUGUGUGUUUAUUUGGAUACCUAGCGCCCCUAAAUCGAAACUUGUACAGUAAAUCUAAUAGGAGAGACAUGGUUAUUGAUAAAUUGAACAGAAUGGAGUUCGUUCGGGUGACAUCCUAUUUAAAAAGCGGAAACAUUUAGUUGGACAUCUUUAAUUAAACCCAGAGACAGUAUAGGGGAUUGUUGUGAAAUUCAGUAUGUCGAUAAUGGGGUCCUCAAUUCUCCGUUAUGAAGACGAAAUCAAAAAACGUCUCGAAAAGCUGUCAAGAAUAUAUGACUUCUCGACAAUGAAGAUUUUCAUGACAGUGGAAUCGCUGGGAGAGGAUAGAGUCUGCGCUACGUACAACCCCGACAAGAGGGAAUGCUGGGAUACCUUCCUACUCCGGAAGGAAGCGUGUCGUCUGGAUCUUAACAAGCACGAGAAAAUCCGACAGAAGUACCAAGAUUUCCUCCACAAAGUAUCUCGAGAGGACCAAGGGAGACAAUUUCAUGCAUCAAUGAUGUCCCUCUUCUACAGAAACGGCGCAGCCGACCCAUUUGGUCACGUGAAAGAAAUUGGAAGUGACUCUCUUUCAGGAUUCUGUAACCAUCUCUGUCGUCUCUUUGAGAAAAAGAUAUGUAGUUGGUUUGAGGGGUUCGAAGCUGCAGCAGUAAAAUUAACUGGACACGUAAAGGUUUCGAACUUUGUGCGUGUUCUCAGUGGCCAAGUGGAUGCCCUGUGUCAGCGAGACGGUUGUAUGUGCGCAGUCGCAGUAAAGGUCACCGGAAUGGAUACCCUUCGACCCCUUGACCUCGCUGAACUAGCCUUUUGCAAAACACUAAUCGUUCAGAAUGGUUUGGCGGAUCCAAAUUUCUUGAGAAUGUGUGUGCUUUGUUUACAUUUGUCCAAUGAGAAACCGAUUCUGCGUUUAUGGGAAUACACCCCGACAGAUGAAAUGGAACGAGCAAUAGCUGAAGCUGACAUUGAUAAAAUGAUAGAUUCCGGAGGACUGACACAGUUCCAUGAAUUCUGGCAUAAAAAUGUUCACAUUCCUCCGCCGGGCUACGCAAGCGAUAAGUCCACAAAAUCAUUGUUUGGAUCGUCUAGGAAUUAAAAGAGAUAUCACCUACAAAGCCCCAGCUAUGAAUAUUACUUGGAGUUCAUAGAAAAACAGUGCAUUUUGACGAAUUUCGCCCUGAUUUAGAUAAACAGAUUUCACGAAAGGUCACGUCCAUCGUCGUCAGCAACAAACCCCUCUAAACUGGUCUGACCAUUUCAUAUAAACUUUUAUCAGCAUUUCGUUAUGUUAUAAAGGCCUCAUGAGUCAAUUUUUUGUGGGUACCGCUUGGAAAUGUUUAAGUGUCAGACUAAAUAUACUUUGUCUUUAUUGUACAUGAAUUGAAAAUAAACCUACGCAUGUAUACUAGUGUAUGUAUUCGUGAGUUUUGUAAAGCUAUCUGUGAUAUUAAAUUAAUGUUGUACAUGUAUCUCAGUAUAUCUUGUAUUCACCAAAAUUUACAAAAAAGGAAGGUGCAACAAAACAGCAUUGACAUGAAUUCGAAGCAAGUUGCUUAAUGAAAGUUAAAAAACCCAAUAAAAUAGUCAAAUUUCAA